UGCUGCUCCGGAGGAGGGCGGGCCGUGAACACAAUGAGCACAUUUCGGACAGUAAACUAACUGAUGCGACAUGUACGCAGCGCGGACUUGCGGGGAUUUCAGGACGCGGCUCGCCUAAGUUGCUUUGCAUUGAUUGAAUCUGGGAAUGACACGCGGAGCUUGAAGCUGAUCUGAGGCCCGGGUCCUGUCUGAAAACUGAUCUGGGGUAAACCCCUCACAGGCUCGGGGGGACUUUGGAGACAUUCUGCAGAGGUGUUUUUGCGCAGCACGGAAACUCAUCGCAAAGGGAAUGAUCCCCCGAUCAGCUGAUCACAAGUGAGAGCAGGAUUAUUGAGGGACACACAGGCAGCCACUGUGCAGCGGUGCAAGAUGAUGUCACUGAUAGACCUGGACGAUGAUCAGCGAUGGGUGCCCACUCAUGUGAAUGUCACCGUCCUCCGCGCGAGAGGACUGCGAACCAAGGGCAAGCACGGCAGCCGCUACCUCUACACCAUCAUCCAGGUGGGAAAGGAGAAGUACACCACCGGGCUGGUGGAGAAGGCGGAGGUGCCCGAGUGGAACGAGGAGUGCUGCUUCGAGCUGCUCCCAGGGAUCCUGGAGGACGGCGGCCGGAGCGCCCACCCCCCAGGGAGCGGGGACCUGGUCCUCACCGUCAUGCACCGGGUCCUGAUCGGGCUCGACGUGUUUCUCGGUCAAACCAUCGUCCGUCUCGAUAAGAUAUUUGAGGACGGAAUGUGUCCUCGAGAUGAGUGGUUCAAGCUGAACUCUAAGGCGGGAAGAAAGGAGAAGGAACGUGGCGAGCUUCAGGUAACUGUCCAGUUCACUCGCAACAACAUGACAGCCAGCAUGUUCGACCUCACCAUGAAGGACAAGCCUCGCUCUGCCUUUGGCAAGCUCAAGGACCGCGUCACCGGGAGGAAGAGGGGGGACGUGGAGUCUUCCUCGGCCAUUGUGCCAGGCCGCUACGCCGCCCUGUCAGGAUCCCUGGGGCAGCCGUUUGGGGAGGAGGGCGGAGGGGCGGUGGAGCCGCCAGAUGUGGAGGUGGCAGAGGAGAAGAGGAGCAAGGUGAAAGAUUUCUUCAAAGGGAGGCUGCGCAAGUCAUCUGACACCAGGUCAUGCUCAUCGCUGGCUUCAGAGAGCAGUGUGUCUUCCAUGGCCAGCGAUAACCCUCCACCCAGUCUGGAUCUGCUGUCAGACCCUCCCAGCUCCCCCAUCUACACGAGCAAAGUGAGAGUAGACACCCACUAUGGAGAGACGGAUUUAGCUAAAAAAGUGCUGACCAGCCAACACACCACAAAGGUUCUCACACACAAGCGAGCCUUCAGCGAUGAAGCUAGCAAGAUCUCAACGGCCCUCCCUCGAACAAACCUUGCAGUGGAGUCUCUCAAGGGUCAGACCAUGACUCAGUCCAAGUCUUCCUUGUGUAUAAAUGGAAGCCACGUCUAUGACUCCGAGCCGUCCACUCCGAGGAGCUCAGGAGCCCACCCGUCCAAGCUGGUCCUGCUGGAGAAGUGCUCCCCGCUGUCCCGCUCCCUGCAGAACCUCACCAGGAGAAGCGAUGACAAAGGUUCCUUUGCCGAGGGCCGGCGCUGGUCCUUCGACAAGAUGAAGAAAGAGGAUAAGGAGGAAGAAAAGGAAAGCCAGGCAUCGUCUUCAUCAAUUCAGCAAGCUCAGAUAGGGGGGGCAGCGAUGCCGGGCGUCCCCUCCACUGCCGAUUCACCUGACAAAGGGAGGAAGCUGAGAAAGACGUUAUUCUCUGGAGGGAGGAGUGAUUCUCUCCCAGCUAAGUCAGACCAGAACCAGGCUGCUGCGACAUCUGAGGGGAGGCUUCGAGGCUGGUUUGGCUCCGGUGACUCCCAGAACAAGCCAAGGCUGGAAGUUUCUCCUAAGGUAGAAAGCAGCUCAGACGUACCCCCUCCCCUCCCUCCUCGCUCCCCUGUACCCCCUCCAUGCUCCUCUCCCUCUGCCUCCCCCUCUGGUCAUGUCUCACCUGAUGACUGCAUUUACACCAAUCCCUUCACGCCCUCUCCCUCUUCAACCCCCAUCUCCCCUUCCAACCCUUUCCCCUCACAUAUGCAACGCAACCCCUUUUUUGAGGAGCUCAUUGCUGAAGAGUCGCAGAGGUCCCCUCCUUUUGCGCCUUGCUCCUCUUCUGGCUCAUCACCCUUUCAUUACACAACUCUGCCCUCCCAGCCCUGCACACCCGGCCCUGCUCAUGAUCUUAAUGCUACAAAUAUGGCUUCCAUAAAGCGGGAGCGCCCCAGGCCAGUAGCUAGACAGAUAUCACUCCCUGCAUUACUACCCAAAGCGGCCAGGCCUAACUCCCCUAACCACUCCGCUCCUUGCUCCAUGUCAGCGAGUGCAGCAGAAUGGGAUGACUCUUUUGAUGCCUUUGCCUCAAGCAGGCUCAACUCACCUAAAGGGAGCAUCCCUCAGAAACAGCAGAGAACCAGUCCGACUUUCUCUCAUAGACAUAGUUAUCUUGCAGCUAAUACCAACAAUCAUGCACAAGAGCUGCAAACAUGCGAAGAGGAGCCUCCACCUUUGCCUCCGAGGAGACUUUUAAGAAAUUCGGUGAACGAGAUUUACUCUGAUGGUUGGCUACACAGAGGUCAAGAGCUAGCUGUCCAUAAAGAAGCCUACCUCCUCUCUCAGACAGGCGUGGCCUCGCUGCAACAUGGAAGGGAAGGAGAAUGCAAAAGAAAUAGUAUAUCUCCAGACCCUCACACCAGCAGCGAGACCUCUGACUCCCUAAGCGUUACCUCUCAACCAUACACAAAUAUCACUUCACCGGGAUUCAUGUCCGAAGAAAAGCUCAAAAAGUUCAAAUAUGAGCCUCUGGAAGAUGAAACUGACUGCUGGGGAGGGAUGUUGUUUGAGCAAGACUUGUAUGGACGUGUAAGUAGAGGAAACUAUGGACAGUCCAAGGUAAACAGCCAUCGUUUAUCCAUGAAUGCUGAAGAAACUUCUGGAAAUAAGAUCACAUCGAUGAACUCGGGACCUAAAAUGGUUCUUGAUAGGGAGAUAUCUGUUGCAGACCUUUUGAACCUGUCAGCUACUAUUCCCUCAAAGCCAGAUGCAGAGGUUCUAGAUACGACAACAACUCCAGUAGAGGAGACAGAGUCUAAUCCACCUGAAACCUUGUGCAUCAACAACAAUGUGUCUUUCUCGCUAACAUUAGGAGAUCUGAACAUGAAUAAUUCAGAUUUUGGUUUUAUCGAUUCAGAUGGUUCUUCCCAGUCAGAGGUAGUUGAUACUCUCAAAGCCGUCAACAGUUUUGGGGGCACUUUUCCACAACCGUCAGAAGCAGAGGCAGUGGCCACUCCUCAGGAUGUGUUCACUUUGAAGGACACCUACAUACCUGAGAUGAACUCGUCCUUUGAGAUAACUGCAUCAUCUAACAAACUGUGCAAAGUCUCUCCAGUUUGCCAAGACAACUGCCAAGAUUCUCGAUGUGAAAUGGAUAAAACACCAGGUAACUCCGGGGUGAACAGCAGAGAGAUGGCUGCUUUGUCAUCUCAAAAUCAAACAGCUAAUCCGCCCGAUCUCGAAUCCAGAGCAGACAUAACAAGAACUGUUGACGAUUUUAAAAAGGAAUUUGAUGAUAAUGGAAACCCUCAAGGCAUGCUUCACCAAAAGGAGCCAUUUUCUGGUGUGGUUAGUGCACGUUUCAGACCAAAAGGAGUGUCCCGACAGAACAGCAGCAGCAGCCCAAACAACCAAAGCAAAAGUGGAGAUAGAGAGUUCGAACAGUUGUUGUCCCUUGUUCAGAAUAUUUCAGGAGUUAGCGAAGGACCAUUGUCAUACCAGCCCACCAAAUCAGCUCUUUCCACCUUACUGGCAUUUAAUAAAUACACAGAUUUGCAAGGAGAUACCACAGACAAAGACCAAACACAUCGCAAUGGGCCGAAUUCACAAAUAUCUUCGGAAGACAAGGCGCCGUCUCUUCUCAUGGAAAGUUGUGUAACGGGAAAAUCCUCCAACAUCAGUUUUGAAGACCUUCACGCAAAAGUAGCACCAAACUCCAGAACUCCUUCAAAGUUAAAGAUUUGGCAAUCUUUGCAAGAACCCUCUUCUCCCUCCAUCUCCUGUGAACUCUCCCUGUCAGCUGAAGCACAGGCCACGCUCCACCCUACCCCUUUCUGUUGCCCCUCCAUACAUCCCUCAAGCAUGGGGCCCGUUGCCGGAGCCAGCACCGCUCUGGCCGUGGCCCCCUACACCUUCUCCUCCUCCUACUCUACCACCUCCACCACUGACCAGCCCCUGGUCGAUGCACGGCACUCACUUUUGCCUGAGGAGACACAGCCAGCUAGCAACCUGCCCCGUCAGGAGAGCAGACCUCAUCCAGUGAAGCCGUUAACGUCCAGCCAAUCAGAGAAGAAGGAGGGUCGUUCGGUUCUGGAGAAGCUGAAGUCCACCAUCCACCCUGGACGCUCCACCCACCAGGUUGCAGCAGAACCUGAGAAGAGUCAGGAGGUGACAGUGGACAACUCGGCCCAGUACCAGCACCUGACCAACAUGGAGCUGAUCUCCCUGCUGCUGCAGCAGGAGAUGGACAUGCAGAAGCAGCAGGCGGCCUCCGAGCGGCAGGAGGCGCAGCUGCACAAAUGUGAGGCGGAGCUGAAAAAGGUCAAGCUACAGGUUCGAGACCUGGAGGACUACAUUGAUAAUCUUUUACUGCGGAUCAUGGAGCAGACACCCACGCUGCUUCAAGUGCGCACCAGACACAAGUGACGGCUGCGCUCGCAUGUGUGGUGUAUUGCACAUGAUGUACGAUACUGUUUCCUUAAGAGGGGGUGCAAAACACAGGGUUAUUAUUUAAGAUUGGGAAGCACUGUUCUUGAGACAAACAAAUACACAAAAUCUGAUCUCACAAUCAUCCAGGUCUUCUCACUGCUAAUACUGCCUCGUUGAUGUUGACACGAUAUUACCCAACAUGCAUGCUGGUUACUGUCCCAAUUUGGCUCAAACAGAAAACGGAACAAAGCACUAUGAGAAAAAGCUUCUAUGAGAGCAGAUGCAAAAGAUUAUUUUACACAUGCUUACUAGAAUAAUUUAAGGUAGUCAGCUGUUGUCUAUUUAAAUGUUAAACUCACUGCUUUCACAUAUGCAUAAAAUAAAAUACAGUCAAGAGAAAACACUUUCUGGAAGUGCAUUUAAUGUGCUGUAGUUCCUGCAGCAAAAUAUGACUUUAGCUUGAGAAACCUUAAAAUUGCAGCUGUCAAAGUGCAAAAAGAACACUUGACACAAGAUUUCCACCUCAGACUGUAAAUGCCAAGUGCACAAAGGUUAACUUGAGUUAAUGACAUAUUUUCAAACAGGCUUCAAGAAAUGCUAAAAAAAAAAGUAGCAUCACAUCAUAAAUGCUGCGCUGCAAUGUGAAAACUAUAAAAAAAAGAGAUGUUUCUGUAUUAACAUUGUAUGAUAAGCAAAAAAACAGUGUUCAUGUUUGUGCCCCAAAAGACUAAAGAGGUUGAAGACUUAAUGUUUGCAUUCUGUGUCUUUGUUUUUCAUUUUUACACAAAGUUUUCACGAAAGUCUUAUUUCUUGUUCCAUGCUGCAAACAGCAAGAAUGUUUAAACAUAUCUUCAUGUUUUGUCGUCCGUUUUUGCAUUUUUUUCUUGAAACAGUGACAUUUUACUGUAGAGAUAACAAAGCAUUCGCACAGUAAAUAUGAGUGUUAUAAGUUAUUUCUAUGAAACACUUUUGUCAUGAUAAUAUAUUCUCUUACAUGACUCUAGUACAAAACCACUGUAGCUUCAAUGCUUUACAAUGACCGCAGGACUGUACUGUAAUAAAAUAAA